CAACAAAAGGCAAAUUGAACAAUUUCAUUAUUUUUUGUACCCAAAAAGCCAAAAAUUUCGCCGAUUUUCGCAUCGCAUAAAUGGGGAAACCGGACGAAUUUAAGAUCACGUUCACGAACAACAAACGUGUGUAUUAUGCGGGGGAUAUGGUCACGGGAAAUGUCAUCACGAAGUCGCGAAAAAAAUUGAAAUUUCGCUCCAUUCGCAUGGAGUUUUUGGGCGAAGCGAAAGUGGCCAGGGCAAACAGCAAAGACUGGGCGACUGUACAAAAUUACUUCGAUGAAAAAGUUGAAAUUUACGACAAAGGGACUGGCCAAAAUGGUUCUUAUCCAACCAUCGAGGCUGGCGACCACGCCUUUCCAUUUCAUUUUGAAAUACCACAACGCCGCUUGCCGUCCUCAUUUGAAGGAAAGUUCGGAUGCAUUCGUUACACCUUGAAGGCAACAAUGGAUCGGCCAUGGAAGUCAAAUUACAACUCCAAAUGUGCAAUAACGAUCUUGGAGGUUGUUGAUAUUAACGAAUCAUGGGCCUUGGAGCCGGUGAUCAGAGAACUGGAAAUGCACGCACAAUUCAUGUGUUUCAACCGUGGUUCAGUUGUUGCGCAGAUAAAGACAGAUCGCCGAGGUUACUGCCCCGGUGAGGCUAUAGCAAUAACUGGCGGGUUUUAUAACAAUACCUCAUUGGUGACCAGACCAAUCACUGUUAGUUUGUAUCAGAAAACUGUAUAUGGACAAGCAAGCAAGAAAAGUGAGAUAAACAAGUGUGUGAAAGUCAGCAAAGACAAACGGCUUCGUCCUCAUGAGCCAGUCCAGUGGGAGAAUCAAAUGUUUAGUUUACCAGCCAUUCCACCAACUAUAAAUAAUUGUAAAUUUAUUAAAGUUUCCUAUUCACUUGAGAUAUGCGUUGAAUCAAGACGAGGCUCUCUUGUUAUUAGUCUUCCAAUCACAGUAGGGACAGUCCCCUAUAGGGCACCAGUUAUUGCCAGUGCCCCACCGAUGACAUCACCAGUUUACCCCUUACCCUCAGCACCCCCAUCGGACCUUGCCCCACCUGGUUAUCAAGUAAAUCUACCAAGCUAUUCUGAGACCAUGGCAAUGUCACAGCUUGGACCACCACCAGCUUAUGCAGAAUGUGUACUUGGGUCUGCGCGCAUUUGGGACGCAAACGACGCGGCAUCAGGCGCGGUACUUGGCGAUACUUCAUUUACGCCCAUGUAUGCGUUUGUAUCGAAUUACGAGUUCAGGCCGGCAACGGCCAGUGCUUUCACGGAGGAAGAGAUAACGGUUGAGCGCGAACCAAGACUGGAUGCUGUCGAUGAUGGCUUAUCUGACAGCAUGGACGAACAAAGUGACUGAUGACUUUGAGAAGAAACACAAUGAAAUUUGUUGCGAGGAGCCCAGAGUCCUUACGACCUGCCCAAAGGCAUUAUUUCAACGGAAAAUGGAAGCAAUCCAAGCUUCAAAAUCUGGGGGAGGUAGUAUAAGACAGUUUACUUUACUUAGUGACACUAUUAGCCAAUGUUUGGCUGUUUACUGAAGGUUUGUAUCGCGCGUUUUGGAGUUACAAAAAUUCACGGACGUAAAUUGUAGUUACAGGGUUUUCAGCCGCGGUAUAAGAUUAGUUUGUUUCCCCAAGGCAUUAACACUCGUUGUGAUUUUAAAAAUGAUAGAAAAUAAUGGACGUUAGUUACACAUCGUGGAAAAUAUUUAUAUAGAAUUGAUAUGGCAGUUUUGCUCCUACAUGGGCAUGUCAGAGUUGCAAAAGAAUUCAAACUUCCAGGAGGAUUUCAAGUUUUGAAAACCUUCCUGAAAAUGACGUCAAGUGCCAAACAGGAUAAUGUAGUAUUGCAUUUUUGGUACAUAAUAUACAUGCAUGUGAUUGAUUAGAGUGUUCAACUUUGAACCUUCCUCACAAAAGUCAUUCAAAGUAAACCUUCCUCACGGGUGGCAUCCCCGCAGAUUUUUUACAACUCUGACAAAUGUGAGCUUUUCCGACAAAAGGAAAAAGAACAAAUCAUCACAUUACAGUAGGCGACAUCAAAAAUACCCUUUUUUGAAUGUGGCAGUGAACAAAUAUUGCAUUGUCAACAUAUAUUAAAUUAUUUCAUCGAUUAUUUGGGUAAUAUGUGUAUUUAAUGGACAGAAUAUGGUCCCGUUUGUAGAAUUGCGAUGUCUUUCAGAUGUCAAAAAUGAACUGAACCUGCAUGUUGGUAGCUAGUUAUAGACAUUUGGAGUCCGAUUUGAUUGAAUGAUAUACGAUUUUUUUUGUAGAAAUGAAUGGACUUUUGUACAUAUAUAUAUAAAUUAAAUCUAAAUCUAAACGAGUAUUUAAAUUAAA